AUGGGGCUGCCACUAGCCCGCCUGGCGGCUGUGUGCCUGGCCCUGUCUUUGGCAGGGGGCUCGGAGCUCCAGACAGAGGGCAGAACCCGAAACCAUGGCCACAACGUCUGCAGCACCUGGGGCGACUUCCACUACAAGACCUUCGACGGGGACGUCUUCCGCUUCCCCGGCCUCUGCGACUACAACUUCGCCUCUGACUGCCGAGGCUCCUACAAGGAAUUUGCUGUGCACCUGAAGCGGGGCCAGGGCCAGGCUGAGGCCGCCGCCGGGGUGGAGUCCAUCCUGCUGACCAUCAAGGAUGACACCAUCUACCUCACCCGCCACCUGGCUGUGCUGAACGGGGCCAUGGUCAGCACCCCGCACUACAGCCCCGGGCUGCUCAUUGAGAAGAGCGACGCCUACACCAAAGUCUACUCCCGCGCCGGCCUCACCCUCAUGUGGAACCGGGAGGAUGCGCUCUUGCUGGAGCUGGACAGCAAGUUCCGGAACCACACCUGUGGCCUCUGCGGGGACUACAACGGCCUGCAGAGCUAUUCAGAAUUCCUCUCUGACGGCGUGCUCUUCAGUCCCCUGGAGUUUGGGAACAUGCAGAAGAUCAACCAGCCCGAUGUGGUGUGCGAGGAUCCCGAGGAGGAGGCAGCCCCCGCGUCCUGCUCCGAGCACCGCGCCGAGUGUGAGAGUCUGCUGACCGCCGAGGCCUUCGCGGACUGCCAGGACCUGGUGCCGCUGGAGCCGUAUCUGCGUGCCUGCCAGCAGGACCGCUGCCGGUGCUCGGGUGGUGACACCUGCGUCUGCAGCACCGUGGCCGAGUUCUCCCGCCAAUGCUCCCACGCCGGCGGCCGGCCCGGGAACUGGAGGACCGCCACGCUCUGCCCCAAGACCUGCCCCGGGAACCUGGUGUACCUGGAGAGCGGCUCGCCCUGCAUGGACACCUGCUCACACCUGGAGGUGAGCAGCCUGUGCGAGGAGCACCGCAUAGACGGCUGUUUCUGCCCAGAAGGCACCGUGUAUGACGACAUCGGGGACAGUGGCUGCGUUCCUGUGAGCCAGUGCCACUGCAGGCUGCACGGACACCUGUAUACACCGGGCCAGGAGAUCACCAAUGACUGCGAGCAGUGUGUCUGUAAUGCUGGCCGCUGGGUGUGCAAGGACCUGCCCUGCCCUGGCACCUGCGCCCUGGAAGGCGGCUCCCACAUCACCACCUUUGAUGGGAAGACAUACACCUUCCACGGGGACUGCUACUAUGUCCUGGCCAAGGGCGACCACAACGAUUCCUACGCUCUCCUGGGCGAGCUGGCCCCCUGCGGCUCCACGGACAAGCAGACCUGCCUGAAGACGGUGGUGUUGCUGGCUGACAAGAAGAAGAAUGUGGUGGUCUUCAAGUCUGAUGGCAGUGUGCUGCUCAACGAGCUGCAGGUGAACCUGCCCCACGUGACCGCGAGCUUCUCUGUCUUCCGCCCGUCUUCCUACCACAUCAUCGUGAGCAUGGCCAUUGGCGUCCGGCUGCAGGUGCAGCUGGCCCCAGUCAUGCAACUCUUCGUGACGCUGGACCAGGCCUCCCAGGGGCAGGUGCAGGGCCUCUGCGGGAACUUCAACGGCCUGGAAGGUGACGACUUCAAGACGGCCAGCGGGCUGGUGGAGGCCACGGGGGCGGGCUUUGCCAACACCUGGAAGGCACAGUCAAGCUGCCAUGACAAGCUGGACUGGCUGGAUGAUCCCUGCUCCCUGAACAUCGAGAGCGCCAACUACGCUGAGCACUGGUGCUCCCUCCUGAAGACAGAGACCCCCUUUGACAGGUGCCACUCGGCCGUGGACCCCGCUGAGUAUUACAAGAGGUGCAAAUAUGACACGUGCAACUGUCAGAACAAUGAGGACUGCCUGUGUGCCGCUCUGUCCUCCUACGCGCGCGCCUGCGCUGCCAAGGGCGUCGUGCUGUGGGGCUGGCGGGAGCGUGUCUGCAACGAGGAUGUGGGCUCCUGCCCCAACUCGCAGGUCUUCCUGUACAACCUGACCACCUGCCAGCAGACCUGCCGCUCCCUCUCUGAGGCUGACAGCCACUGUCUUGAGGGCUUUGUGCCUGUGGAUGGCUGCGGCUGCCCUGACCACACCUUCCUGGACGAGAAGGGCCGCUGCGUGCCCCUGGCCAAGUGCUCCUGUUACCACCGAGGCCUCUACCUGGAGGCGGGGGACGUGGUCGUCAGGCAGGAAGAACGAUGUGUGUGCCGGGAUGGGAGGCUGCACUGCAGGCAGAUCCAGCUGCUCGGCCAAAGCUGCACGACCCCAAAGAUCCACAUGGACUGCAGCAACCUGACCGCACUGGCCACCUCGAAGCCCCAAGCCCUCAGCUGCCAGACGCUGGCCGCUGGCUAUUACCACACCGAGUGUGUCAGUGGCUGUGUGUGCCCCGACGGGCUGAUGGAUGACGGCCGGGGCGGCUGCGUGGUGGAGAAGGAAUGCCCUUGCGUCCAUAACAAGGACCUGUAUUCCUCCGGAGCCAAGAUCAAGGUGGACUGUAAUACCUGCACCUGCGAGAGAGGACGAUGGGCGUGCACCCAAGCUGUGUGCCACGGCACCUGCUCCAUUUACGGGAGCGGCCACUACAUCACCUUUGACGGGAAGUACUACGACUUUGACGGACACUGCUCCUACGUGGCUGUUCAGGACUACUGCGGCCAGAACUCCUCACUGGGCUCAUUCAGCAUCAUCACCGAGAAUGUCCCCUGUGGCACCACGGGCGUCACCUGCUCCAAGGCCAUCAAGAUCUUCAUGGGGAGGACGGAGCUGAAGUUGGAAGACAAGCACCGUGUGGUGAUCCAGCGUGACGAGGGUCACCACGUGGCCUACACCACGCGGGAGGUGGGCCAGUACCUGGUGGUGGAGUCCAGCACCGGCAUCAUCGUCAUCUGGGACAAGAGGACCACUGUGUUCAUCAAGCUGGCUCCCUCCUACAAGGGCACCGUGUGUGGCCUGUGUGGGAACUUUGACGACCGCUCCAACAACGACUUCACCACGCGGGACCACAUGGUGGUGAGCAGUGAGCUGGACUUCGGGAACAGCUGGAAGGAAGCCCCCACCUGCCCGGACGUGAGCACCAACCCUGAGCCCUGCAACCUGAACCCGCACCGCCGCUCCUGGGCAGAGAAGCAGUGCAGCAUCCUCAAAAGCAGCGUGUUCAGCAUCUGCCACAGCAAGGUGGACCCCAAGCCCUUCUAUGAGGCCUGCGUGCACGACUCUUGCUCCUGUGACACGGGUGGGGACUGUGAGUGCUUCUGCUCUGCCGUGGCCUCCUAUGCCCAGGAGUGUACCAAAGAGGGGGCCUGCGUGUUCUGGAGGACGCCGGACCUGUGCCCCAUAUUCUGCGACUACUACAACCCUCCACAUGAGUGUGAGUGGCACUAUGAGCCAUGUGGGAACCGGAGCUUCGAGACCUGCAGGACCAUCAACGGCAUCCACUCCAACAUCUCGGUGUCCUACCUGGAGGGCUGCUACCCCCGGUGCCCCAAGGACAGGCCCAUCUAUGAUGAGGACCUGAAGAAGUGUGUCACCGCAGACAAGUGUGGCUGCUACAUUGAGGACACCCACUACCCACCUGGAGCGUCGGUUCCCACCGAGGAGAUCUGCAAGUCUUGCGUGUGCACCAACUCCUCCCAAGUCAUCUGCAGGCUGGAGGAAGGAAAGAUUCUCAACCAGACCCAGGAUGGCGCCUUCUGCUACUGGGAGAUCUGUGGCCCCAACGGGACGAUGGAGAAGCACUUCAACAUCUGUUCCACUACACCACACCCGUCCACCCUGACCACCUUCACCACCAUCACCCUCCCCACCACCCCCACCACCUUCACCACCACCACCACCACCACCACCACCACCUCGACCCCCAGCACACUUUCAUCAACAACUCCGAAGCUGUGCUGCUUCUGGUCUGACUGGAUCAAUGAGGACCACCCCAGCAGUGGCAGCGACGGCGGCGACCGAGAAACAUUUGAUGGGGUCUGCAGGGCCCCUGAGGACAUCGAGUGCAGGUCGGUCAAGGAGCCCCACCUCAGCUUGGAGGAGCUAGGCCAGAAGGUGCAGUGCGACGUCUCUGUCGGGUUCAUUUGCAAGAAUGAAGACCAGUUUGGAAAUGGACCAUUUGGGCUGUGUUACGACUACAAGAUACGUGUCAAUUGUUGCCUGCCCAUGGAUACGUGUAUCACCACUCCCAGCCCUCCAACAACCACCACAACCACCCCUUCACCAACCACCACUGCCAGCCCUCCAACAACCAUCACAACCACCUCUUCCUCAACUACCACUCCCAGCCCUCCAACUACCACUCCCAGCCCUCCACAAACCAGCACGACCACCCCUUCACCAACCACCACUGCCAGCCCUCCAACAACCAUCACAACCACCUCUUCCUCAACUACCACUCCCAGCCCUCCAACUACCACUCCCAGCCCUCCACAAACCAGCACGACCACCCCUUCACCAACCACCACUGCCAGCCCUCCAAUAACCAUCACAACCACCUCUUCCUCAACUACCACUCCCAGCCCUCCAACUACCACUCCCAGCCCUCCACAAACCAGCACGACCACCCCUUCACCAACCACCACUGCCAGCCCUCCAAUAACCAUCACAACCACCUCUUCCUCAACUACCACUCCCAGCCCUCCAACUACCACUCCCAGCCCUCCACAAACCAGCACGACCACCCCUUCACCAACCACCACUGCCAGCCCUCCAAUAACCAUCACAACCACCUCUUCCUCAACUACCACUCCCAGCCCUCCAACUACCACUCCCAGCCCUCCACAAACCAGCACGACCACCCCUUCACCAACCACCACUGCCAGCCCUCCAAUAAACAUCACAACCACCUCUUCCUCAACUACCACUCCCAGCCCUCCACAAACCAGCACGACCACCCUUCCACCAACCACCACUCCCAGCCCUCCAAUAACCACCACAACCACCCCUUCCUCAACUACCACUCCCAGCCCUCCAACAACCAGCACGACCACCCUUCCACCAACCACCACUCCCACCCCUCCAACAACUACUCCUCUCCCUCCAUCAACAACUCCUCCUACAUUUUCACCAUUCUCAACGACAACCCCUACUACCCCAUGCGUGCCUGUCUGCAAUUGGACUGGCUGGCUGGAUUCUGGAAAACCCAACUUUAACAAACCAGGUGGAGAUACGGAAUUGAUUGGAGACAUCUGUGGACCAGGCUGGGCAGCUAACAUCUCUUGCAGAGCCACCAUGUAUCCUGAUGUUCCCAUUGGACAGCUUGGACAAACAGUGAUGUGUAACGUCUCUGUGGGGCUGGUAUGCAAAAAUGAAGACCAAAAGCCAGGUGGAGUCAUCCCUAUGCCCUUCUGCCUCAACUACGAGAUCAACGUUCAGUGCUGUGAGUGUGUCACCCAACCCACCACCAUGACAACCACCACCACAGAGACCCCAACACCCACCACAACCACCACCACCACAGAGACCCCAACUCUGACACCCAUCACCACAGAGACUCUGACCCCAACACCCAUCACCAUCACCACUACAGUGACCACAACCACAACACCCACCAGCACACAGACCCCAACCCCAACACGUACCACCACAGAGACCCCAACCCCGACACCCACCACCACCACUACAGUGACCCCAACCCCGACACCUACCACCACAGAGACCCCAACCCCGGCACCCACUAGUACACAGACCCAAACCCCUCCACCAACACCUAUCACCACCACCACAGAGACCCCAACUCCAACACCCACCACCACCACUACAGUGACCCCAACCCAAACACCCACCGGCACACAGACCCCAACUCCUCCACCAACACCUAUCACCACCACCACUGCCGUGACCUCAACCCCAAUAUCUACCACAAAAGAGACCCCAACCCCAACAGCCACCACCACAGAGACCCCAACCCCAACACCCACCACCACAACUACAGUAACCCCAACCCCAACGCCCACCACCACCACUACAGUGACCCCAACCCAAACACCCACCGGCACACAGACCUCAACCCCGACACCCAUCACCACCACCACUACCGUGACCCCAACCCCAACACCCACUGGCACACAGACCUCAACCCCGACACCCAUCACCACCACCACUACCGUGACCCCAACCCCAACACCCACCGGCACACAGACCCCAACCCCGACACCCGUCACCACCACCACUACGGUGACCCCAACCCCAACACCCACCGGCACACAGACCUCAACCCCCACACCCAUCACCACCACUACUACGGUGACGCCAACCCCAACACCCACCAGCACACAGACCCUAACCCCGACACCCCUCACCACCACCACUACGGUGACCCCAACCCCAACACCCACUGGCACACAGACUCCAACCCCAACACCCAUCACCACCACCACUACGGUGACAUCAACCCCAACACCCACCGGCACACAGACCCCAACCAUGACACCCAUCACCACCACCACUACGGUGACCCAAACCCCAACACCCACCGGCACACAGACCCCAACCCCCACACCCAUCACCACCACCACUACGGUGACACCAACCCCAACACCCACUGGCACACACAGUCCAACACCAACACCAAUCACCACCACCACUAUGGUCACGUCAACCCCAACACCCACCGGUACACAGACCCUAACCCCGACACCCAUGACCACCACCACUACUGUGACCCCAACCCCAACACCCACUGGCACACAGAGUCCAACCCCAACACCCAUCACCACCACCACUACAGUGACUCCAACCCCAACACCCAACAGCACGCAGAGUCCAACCCCAACACCCAUCACCACCACCACUACUGUGACCCCAACCCCAACACCCACUGGCACACAGAGUCCAACCCCGACACCCAUCACCACCACCACUACGGUGACCCCAACCCCAACACCCACCAGCACGCAGAGUCCAACCCCAACACCCAUCACCACCACCACUACAGUGACCCCAACCCCAACACCCACUGGCACACAGAGUCCAACCCCAACACCCAUCACCACCACUGCGGUGACCCCAACCGCAACACCCACUGGCACACAGAGUCCAACCCCGACACCCAUCACCACCACCACUACGGUGACAUCAACCCCAACACCCACCGGCACACAGACCCCAACCCCAACACCAAUCACCACCACCACUACCGUGACCCCAACCCCAACACCCACUGGCACACAGACGCCAACCCCGACACCCAUCAUCACCACCAGUACGGGGACUCCAACCCCAACCCCAACAACCACUGGCACACAGAGUCCAACCCCGACACCCAUCACCACCACCACUACAGUGACUCCAACACCAACACCCACCAGCACGCAGAGUCCAACCCCAACACCCAUCACCACCACCACUACGGUGACCCCAACCCCAACACCCACUGGCACACAGAGUCCAACCCCAACACCCAUCACCACCACUGCGGUGACCCCAACCGCAACACCCACUGGCACACAGAGUCCAACCCCGACACCCAUCACCACCACCACCACUACGGUGACAUCAACCCCAACACCCACCGGCACACAGACCCCAACCCCGACACCAAUCACCACCACCAUUACCGUGACCCCAACCCCAACACCCACUGGCACACAGACCCCAACCCCGACACCCAUCAUCACCACCAGUACGGGGACUCCAACCCCAACCCCAACACCCAUCGGCACACAAAGUCCAACCCCGACACCCAUCACCACCACCAGUACGGUGACCCCAACCCCAACACCCACCAGCACGCAGAGUCCAACCCCGACACCCAUCACCACCACCACUACAGUGACUCCAACCCCAACACCCACCAGCACACAGACCCCAACCCUGACACCCCUCACCACCACCACUACGGUGACCCAAACCCCAACACCCACCGGCACACAGACCUCAACCCCGACACCCAUCACCACCACCACUACCGUGACCCCAACCCCAACACCCACCGGCACACAGACCUCAACCCCGACACCCAUCACCACCACCACUACCGUGACCCCAACCCCAACACCCACCGGCACACAGACCCCAACCCCGACACCCAUCAUCACCACCAGUACGGGGACUACAACCCGAACCCCAACAACCACCGGCACACAGAGUCCAACCCCGACACCCCUCACCACCACCACUACAGUGACCCCAACCCCAACACCCACCGGCACACAAAGUCCAACCCCGACACCCAUCACCACCACCACUACGGUGACCCCAACCCCAACACCCACCGGCACACAGACCCCAACCCCCACACCCAUCACCACCACCACUACGGUGACAUCAACCCCAACACCCACCAGCACACAGACCCCAACCCCGACACCCCUCACCACCACCACUACGGUGACCCCAACCCCAACACCCACCAGCACACAGACCUCAACCCCGACACCCAUCACCACCACCACUACCGUGACCCCAACCCCAACACCCACCGGCACACAGAGUCCAACACCAACACCAAUCACCACCACCACUAUGGUCACAUCAACCCCAACACCCACCGGUACACAGACCCUAACCCCGACACCCAUGACCACCACCACUACUGUGACCCCAACCCCAACACCCACUGGCACACAGAGUCCAACCCCAACACCCAUCACCACCACCACUACAGUGACUCCAACCCCAACACCCACGAGCAAACAGACCCCAACCGUGACAACCCUCACCACCACCACUACAGUGACCCCAACCCCAACACCCACCGGCACACAAAGUCCAACCCCGACACCCAUCACCACCACCACUACGGUGACCCCAACCCCAACACCCACCAGCACACAGAGUCCAACCCCAACACCCAUCACCACCACCACUACGGUGACACCAACCCCAACACCUACUGGCACACACAGUCCAACACCAACACCGAUCACCACCACCACUAUGGUCACGUCAACCCCAACACCCACCGGUACACAGACCCUAACCGCAACACCCAUCACCACCACCACUACCGUGACCCCAACCCCAACACCCACUGGCACACAGAGUCCAACCCCAACACCCAUCACCACCACUACGGUGACCCCAACCGCAACACCCACUGGCACACAGAGUCCAACCCCGACACCCAUCACCACCACCACUACAGUGACCCCAACCGCAACAUCCACCGGCACAGAGACCCCAACCCCGACACCCAUCACCACCACAACUACGGUGUCCCCAACCCCAACACCCACUGGCACAGAGACCCCAACCCCGACACCCAUCACCACCACCACCACUACGGUGACCCCAACCCCAACACCCACUGGCACACAGAGUCCAACCCCGACACCCAUCACCACCACCACUACGGUGACCCCAACCCCAACACCCACUGGCACACAGACCCCAACCCCGACAUCCAUCACCACCACCAGUACGGGGACUCCAACCCCAACCCCAACAACCACUGGCACACAGACCCCAACCCCCACACCCAUCACCACCACCACUACGGUGACCCCAACCCCAACACCCACUGGCACACAGACCCCAACCCCGAUACCCAUCAUCACCACCACUCUGGGGACUCCAACCCCAACCCCAACACCCACUGGCACACAGAGCCCAACCACGACACCCAUCACCACCACCACUACAGUGAUCCCAACCCCAACACCCACUGGCACACAGAGUCCAACCCCAACACCCAUCACCACCACCACUACAGUGACUCCAACCCCAACACCCACCAGCACACAGACCGCAACCCCCACACCCAUCACCACCACCACUACGGUGACCCCAAACCCAACACCCACUGGCACACAGACCCCAACCCCGACACCCAUCACCACCACCACUACGGUGACCCCAACCCCAACACCCACUGGCACACAGACGCCAACCCCGACACCCAUCACCACCACCAGUACGGGGCCUCCAACCCCAACCCCCACAACCACUGGCACACAGAGUCCAACCCCGACACCCAUCACCACCACCACUACAGUGACCCCAACCGCAACAUCCACCGGCACAGAGACCCCAACCCCGACACCCAUCACCACCACAACUACGGUGACCCCAACCCCAACACCCACUGGCACACAGAGUCCAACCCCGACACCCAUCACCACCACCACUACAGUGACUCCAACCCCAACACCCACCAGCACACAGACCCCAACCCCGACACCCAUCACCACCACCACUAUGGUGACCCCAACCCCAACACCCACUGGCACACAGACCCCAACCCCAACACCCAUCACCACCACCAGUACGGGGACUCCAACCCCAACCCCAACAACCACUGGCACACAGACCCCAACUCCCACACCCAUCACCACCACAACUACGGUGACCCCAACCCCAACACCCACCAGUACACAGACCCCAACCCCAACACCCAUCACCACCACUACGGUGACCCCAACCGCAACACCCACUGGCACACAGAGUCCAACCCCGACACCCAUCACCACCACCACUACAGUGACCCCAACCGCAACAUCCACCGGCACAGAGACCCCAACCCUGACACCCAUCACCACCACAACUACGGUGUCCCCAACCCCAACACCCACUGGCACAGAGACCCCAACGCCGACACACAUCACCACCACAACUACGGUGACCCCAACCCCAACACCCACUGGCACACAGAGUCCAACCCCGACACCCAUCACCACCACCACUACAGUGACUCCAACCCCAACACCCACCAGCACGCAGAGUCCAACCCUGACACCCAUCACCACCACCACUACGGUGACCCCAACCCCAACACCCACUGGCACACAGACCCCAACCCCAACACCCAUCACCACCACCAGUACGGGGACUCCAACCCCAACCCCAACAACCACUGGCACACAGACCCCAACCCCGACACCUGUCACCACCACCACUACGGUGACUCCAACUCCAACACCCACCCGCACACAGACCCCAACCCCGACACCCAUCACCACCACCACCACUACGGUGACCCCAACCCCAACACCCACCGGCACACAGAGUCCAACCCCGAUACCCAUCGCCACCACCACUACGGUGUCCCCGACGCCAACACCCACUGGCGCAGAGACCCCAACCCCGACACCCAUCACCACCACCACCAUUACAGUAACUCCAACCCCAACACCCACUGGCACGCAGAGUCCAACCCCAACACCCAUCACCACCACCACUACAGUGACUCCAACCCCAACACUCACCAGCACACAGACCCCAACCCCGACACCCAUCACCACGACCACUACGGUGACGUCAACCCCAACACCCACAGGCACACAGACCCCAACCCUGACACCCAUCACCACCACCACUACGGUGACCCCAACCCCAACACCCACCAGCACACAGACCACAACCCCGACACCCAUCACCACCACCACUACGGUGACGUCAACUCCAACACCCACCAGCACACAGACCCAAACCCCAACAUCCAUCACCACCACCAGUACGGUGACUCCAACCCCAACACCCACCGGCACACAGACCCCAACCCCGACACCCAUCACCACCACCACUACGGUGACCCCAACCCCAACACCCACCAGCACACAGACCCCAACCCUGACACCCAUCACCACCACCACUACGGUGACCCCAACCCCAACACCCACCAGCACACAGACCCCAACCCCGACACCCAUCACCACCACCACUACGGUGACUCCAACCCCAACACCCACAGGCACACAGACCCCAAGCCUGACACCCAUCACCACCACCACUACGGUGACCCCAACCCCAACACCCACCAGCACACAGACCCCAACCCCGACACCCAUCACCACCACCACUACGGUGACGUCAACUCCAACACCCACCAGCACACAGACCCAAACCCCAACAUCCAUCACCACCACCAGUACGGUGACUCCAACCCCAACACCCACCGGCACACAGACCCCAACCCCGACACCCAUCACCACCACCACUACGGUGACCCCAACCCCAACACCCACCAGCACACAGACCCCAACCCUGACACCCAUCACCACCACCACUACGGUGAUCCCAACCCCAACACCCACCAGCACACAGACCCCAACCCCGACACCCAUCACCACCACCACUACGGUGACUCCAACCCCAACACCCACGGGCACACAGACCCCAACCCCAACACCCAUCACCACCACCACUACGGUGACCCCAACCCCAACACCCACCAGCACACAGACCCCAACCCCGACACCCAUCACCACCACCACUAUGGUGACAUCAACCCCAACACCUACCACUACAAGCAUGGAGCCUUCCACCCCCAGAAGCACAGCACCCAUUGUUGAGUCGACGACAUCCAAACCUCUGCCUGAGUCCUCAACCCCUCAGACCUCUCGGUCCACCUCUUCCCCUCCCAUGGAGUCAACCACCCUUCUGAGUACCCUACCACCUGCCAUUGAGACAACCAGCACGGCCCCACCCUCCACACCCACGGCACCCACGACCACGACAGGAGGCCAGACACCAUCUCCACUGCCCAGCACCACCACAUCCCCUCCAGGCACCCCCACACGCGGUACCACGACCGGGUCAUCUUCAGCCCCCACCCCCAGCACUGUGCAGGCGACCACCACCAGUGCCUGGACCCCCACGCUGACCCCAAUCUCCACACCCAGCAUCAUCACGACCACAGGCCUGAGGAUCAGCCCCUCCUCUGUGCUUGUCUGCUGUGUCCUGAACGACACCUACUAUGCACCAGGUGAGGAGGUGUACAACGGCACACACGGGGACACCUGCUAUUUCGUCAACUGCUCACUGAGCUGUACCUUGGAGUUCUACAACUGGUCCUGCCCAUCCACGCCCUCCCCAACGCCCACGCCCUCCAAGUCGACGCCCACGCCCUCCAAGCCAUCGCCCACGCCCUCCAAGCCGACGCCCAGCACCAAGCCCCCCGCGUGCCCAGACUUUGAUCCUCCCAGACAGGAGAACGAGACGUGGUGGCUGUGCGACUGCUUCAUGGCCACGUGCAAGUACAACAACACGGUGGAGAUCGUGAAGGUGGAGUGUGAGCCGCCGCCCAUGCCCACCUGCUCCAACGGCCUCAACCCCGUGCGCGUCGAGGACCCCGACGGCUGCUGCUGGCACUGGGAGUGCGACUGCUACUGCACAGGCUGGGGGGACCCGCACUAUGUCACCUUCGACGGACUCUACUACAGCUACCAGGGCAACUGCACCUACGUGCUGGUGGAGGAGAUCAGCCCCUCCGUGGACAACUUCGGAGUUUACAUCGACAACUACCACUGUGAUCCCAACGACAAGGUGUCCUGCCCCCGCACCCUCAUCGUGCGCCACGAGACCCAGGAGGUGCUCAUCAAGACCGUGCAUAUGAUGCCCAUGCAGGUGCAGGUGCAGGUGAACGGGCAGGCGGUGGCGCUGCCCUACAAGAAGUACGGGCUGGAGGUGUACCAGUCUGGCAUCAACUACGUGGUGGACAUCCCCGAGCUGGGCGUCCUCGUCUCCUACAAUGGCCUGUCCUUCUCUGUCAGGCUGCCCUACCACCGGUUCGGCAACAACACCAAGGGCCAGUGUGGCACCUGCACCAACACCACCUCCGACGACUGCAUUCUGCCCAGCGGGGAGAUCGUCUCCAACUGUGAGGCUGCGGCCGACCAGUGGGUGGUGAAUGACCCCUCCAAGCCACACUGCCCCCACAGCAGCUCCACGACCAAGCGCCCGGCCGUCAGCGUGCUGGGGGGCGGCAAAACGACCCCACACGAGGACUGCACCCCAUCUCCCCUCUGCCAGCUCAUCAAGGACAGCCUGUUUGCACAGUGCCAUGCGCUGGUGCCCCCGCAGCACUACUACGAUGCCUGCGUGUUCGACAGCUGCUUCGUGCCGGGCUCGAGCCUGGAGUGCGCCAGUCUGCAGGCCUACGCAGCCCUCUGCGCCCAGCAGCACAUCUGCCUUGACUGGCGGAACCACACGCAUGGGGCCUGCUUGGUGGAGUGCCCAUCUCACAGGGAGUACCAGGCCUGUGGCCCUGCAGAAGAGCCCACGUGCAAAUCCAGCUCCUCCCAGCAGAACAACACAGUCCUGGUGGAAGGCUGCUUCUGUCCUGAGGGCACCAUGAACUACGCCCCUGGCUUUGAUGUCUGCGUGAAGACCUGCGGCUGUGUGGGACCUGACAACGUGCCCAGAGAGUUUGGGGAGCACUUUGAGUUUGACUGCAAGAACUGUGUCUGCCUGGAGGGUGGAAGUGGCAUCGUCUGCCAGCCCAAGAGGUGCAGCCAGAAGCCUGUUACCCACUGCGCGGAAGACGGCACCUACCUCGUCACGGAGGUCAACCCCGCCGACACCUGCUGCAACAUUGCCGUCUGCAAGUGUAACACCAGCCUGUGCAAAGAGAAGCCUCCCAUGUGCCCGCUGGGAUUCGAAGUGAAGAGCAAGACGGUGCCUGGAAGGUGCUGUCCCUUCUACUGGUGUGAGUCCAAGGGGGUGUGCGUUCACGGGAAUGCUGAGUACCAGCCCGGUUCUCCAGUUUAUUCCUCCAAGUGCCAGGACUGCGUGUGCACGGACAAGGUGGACAACAGUACCCUGCUCAAUGUCAUCGCCUGCACCCACGUGCCCUGCAACACCUCCUGCAGCCUUGGCUUCGAACUCGUGGAGGCCCCCGGGGAGUGCUGUAAGAAGUGUGAACAGACGCACUGUAUCAUCAAACAGCCCGACAACCAGCAUGUCAUCCUGAAGCCUGGGGACUUCAAGAGCGACCCGAAGAACAACUGCACAUUCUUCAGCUGUGUGAAGAUCCACAACCAGCUCAUCUCGUCCAUCUCCAACAUCACCUGCCCCGACUUCGACGCCAGCGUUUGUGUCCCGGGCUCCAUCACACUCAUGCCCAAUGGAUGCUGCAAGACCUGCACCCCUCGCAAUGAGACCAGGGUGCCCUGCUCCACCGUCCCCGUCACCACGGAGGUUUCGUACGCUGGCUGCACCAAGACUGUCCUCAUGAAUCAUUGCUCCGGGUCCUGUGGGACAUUUGUCAUGUACUCGGCCGAGGCCCAGACCCUGGACCAUAGGUGCUCCUGCUGCAAAGAGGAGAAAACCAGCCAGCGUGAGGUGGUCCUGAGCUGCCCCAAUGGCGGCUCGCUGACACACACCUACACCCACAUCGAGAGCUGCCAGUGCCAGGACACCGUCUGCGGGCUCCCCACCGGCACCUCCCGCCGGGCCCGGCGCUCCCCCAGGCAUCUGGGGAGCGGGUGAACGGGGUGGGCACAGCCCCCUUCACUGCCCUCCACAGCUUUGCCUCCUCCGGACCCUCUGAGCCUCCUAAGCUCG